UGUGCCAGCAGAACAGGCACAGGCCUAGGAGGAGGGCAGAUCUUCCCCUGCUCUCGGCUGUUGCCAGAUCCUCUGUAGCCCUCCCUCCUCUCUGUUAGAUGCCAGUGGGUUGCCUGUGUAUGAAGAGAAACAGGAGGCCAUGGCAUUCAUCCAGACCUUUGUCAGCCUCUCUUGCCCGGUAACCGCAGCCCGUUGGAUGGUGGCUGUGCCCUGCUGCUCCCGCAGGGCUCUGGUCCUGCUGGCCAUGUGUCCCCCCCUCAGACACCCCAUUGUCUCUCUGUCCCCUGGCUGCCAGAUGAAGGACACCAAGCUGAAGUUCCUCGAGAGCGUCUGCACCCCGUGCAGAAGUGCCACAGAACGCGGCUCAUUGCUAGGCCUGGAGCUCUUCUGCUGCAGACACAAACUGGCAGAGAAGAUCGAGGAGCUGCUGAACGAGGAGCCCCAGAACCAGAUGCGCACGGAGGUGCGGCUGCUCGCCUUCUCGGCCAUCACUGCUCUCAGCUCUGUGGUGUCGGUGCUGCAGGACAGCACACAGCUGAUGAGCUCCUGCUUUCGGAGUGUCCUCUGUCUUCCUCCAGAGGAGGACGUUAUGACCCUGGAGGCUUCCCUCUAUACUCAGCCCAUGCUCUGCCUGGCCCUUGACAUCUCAGAGAUGACCACAGGAGUGCCAGGGCUGUUUCCAGCCUGUGCCUCCAGCAGGGCCCUCCGCACGGCCUCCACCUCCAUCAGCACCGUGGCCACUGGCACCACUCAGGAUUUGGUGAAGCCACGGCUGCCAGUGCUGUCCCCGUGGGAGCUGACACUCAUCUCCAAGGGGCUCUGGGAGUGCCACUGA